AUAACAUUUUUGUAUUUGAGUCCAAUCCUUCUGCGGGUUUAGAACUGUCAACAACAAUGAAGUCAUAUUUGACAUUAACUGUUAUUCUGGUUGCAGUAUUUUAUGUUGAAGCACAGGAAACUACUACUACACCACCUAAUACGCCUUUAACUCCACCACCUGGAAGUACUUUGGCACCUGGAGGUAUUACUUGGAAAAAUUGUACAAGACCUAACGAGUAUUACACUUGUGGUAGCGCCUGUCAAACUACAUGUGCAACAUUAGGCCAAACUUGUCCUAUUGUAAACAUACGAUGUAACGACGAUUGUUAUUGUAUAGAGGGAUAUGCAAGAGAUGCGGAAAAUAACUGCAUCCCAAUAAAAGAUUGUCCGAAACGUCGUCCUUGUCAAAGUACAUGUAAAAGAUGUAACCGCUGAUGGUGUUAAAAAACGAAAAAACCUCUAUAUUAUGUACUACAUUUAAUAAUAAAAUUUCAGUAAUUU